AUGACGGUAGACAAUGGCCGAUAUUGCCACAGCUCGACCAGCGACACCUCGCUCGAACGAGAGACUCGCGUUAUAAUGCAAUGUCGAGGUGAAGAAGCCAAGAGAAAAAUAAAGAGACUGCAUGGUAUCGAAGGUAGCUUUGCCGGUUCCUCCGGAUCAAAACUCAAUUGUCCUAAUCAAUUUCUGAGCAAAUUUACUAGCAGUCGUAAUAAGUUGCGAGACAAUAAAUGUAAAUUUCACCGUACCACUCUGAAUAAUACAAAAGAUAACGAUGUAACGAAACUUCCUGCGACAUUAGCCUCCUGUGUCGUAUUAAGCAAGGACCGUUUAAGCUCACUUGUACGGAUUGGGGAUGCCGAAAUAUCUCCGCGACCUUCUUCCUCUCCAACACCCUCUCGAGAAGCACGCGAUGGUGCACAACCUAACAGAGCACAAAGAUCGGAACCAAACGGACCCAGAAACCGAAGGUUAAAACAAAUUACACGUACACCCGAGCGUAGAAAGAAUCCCUGCGAAUAG